AUAUACAUCUUUAUGCACUAAUUUAUAAUAGUCUAGGGUUAAUUUUGAUAAAUCUAUAAAUUGGAGGAUGAAAUCGUAACUUAGUUAAAAGAAAAGGUGUAAACAAGGAAAACAAAGAGUUGAUUUUUUAUAACCUACGUAUAAACCUAAACUAAAUCAGCCGUCCUCUUUCUCUCUUCCCUGUUCGCUCAUCUAAAGCUCUAUCUAAAGCUAAAAAUCAGCCGACAGAUCUUUCAUUCUACGAUUCAGCAGGGAAUGUAAGGUUCGAUCAGCAACUUCGAUUAGCCACCAUUUCUUCUCUACUACGAUUGAAUUGUUUUUUCGGAAUGCCAUUAUGGUCGUCGGAAACGCGAUCCCAAGCGAAACCGGAUCGUUUUCGUACCGCGAAUUGGAUCGGACGAACCAAAACGUCCCCGAUACUCUGUUUUGGAAGUCCCCAAUAUCGGGUACGGUUUUGUAGAAGUCCCCAAUAUCCGGGUACGUUUGGGAAACGUCCCCGAGCCGUCCCCUACGCGUUUCCGUCCCCGAGCCAUCCCCGGGACGGGUACUUGAUGUAAGAUGCCGUCCCCGUGCUUCAUAGCGUUCAGUCAUAUGAAAUUGGAACAUCUAGAAAAGUGAACCCAGUGAAAAAAAUUUCUAGAUCCACCACUGAGUAGCGAUUCAGUUUAUCUUGUGAGCCCUAUUAUGUAUAAUGUGCAAUUAUUUUAUUUGAAGUUGGUGAUAUUGUAAUGCGAAAAUAUAUAUGUAUGAUUCAAAUUUGGUUUAUAUUUGCCACUAGUUGAUAGUUCCGUUAACUAUAAACAAGUGAAAUUUGGUUGCAUUUGUUUACCCGAUUCUUCUUUUUGUCUCCCUUAAUGAAAAUUCCUGGAUUCCAGGAUUCAAUGGAGUCCUUGGACGGUGUAGACAAUGGAUCCCAUUUUUCGAGCUUAAAUGGAGAUGAUAGCAAUGUACUAGUUAUGAUGCAAAAGAAAAAGAAAAAAUCCAAAGAGAAAAGUUCAAAACAGGGAUCUCUAAAGUCAAAGAAAAAAGAAAAAGCUAAACCAAGCAAUUCCCAGAAGAGAAAGCUGAAGAAGCUCGAGGAGGACAAGGAGAAAUCGCUUCUUUUAUCCAAAAGCCUCGAAACAUUAGAGAAAUACAAAAUUCAUGACGACGCCUAUUCACUCAUGUGGUCUUCACGCAAUCUGGGCCAGGUUGAAACCGCACGUGAGAAACGCAGGCGAGAAGUGCAGUUUGCUAAAACGGGGUUGGUACUACAACAUAAUGACCGGCCUUCAAAAAGAAGAGACAAUAAAACCGAUUCGACUGAAGAUUACUCCGAUCCAGUCAACAUAGAGGAUGUUUCUAGUCAACCAAUGAAUGUAGAUAUCGAAAUCAUAAAUGUGAAACUUUCUCCAUUAAGAUCUUCUCCAGAACUACCAUGUAACAGUGGAGCUGAUGCCAUUGGUGCAUUAGACCCUCCUUCAGUUGUUACCAAACUUGAAAAUGAGCAUACUGAUACAUCCAUUCUAGAAGAUCCAAAACCUUCAGAAACGACAUCUAGUAGUCGUAAACCCAUGGAGAAAUCAACGGAAGCAAUCGUCUCUACAAAGAGUACGGUUUCUUCACAGAAACCUGUGGCUACCCCUACGGUGGUUCGUGUAUCAAGGCCAAAGGAUGUUGAGUCGAAGCGGAUGGAUCUUCCAAUAGUCAUGAUGGAGCAAGAGAUUAUGGAAGCAAUAUAUGAGAAUAUUAGUGUUAUCAUAUGUGGAGAAACUGGGUGUGGUAAGACCACACAAGUUCCUCAGUUUCUGUAUGAGGCUGGAUUUGGUAACAAAAAUCAUAGCAGUCGAAGUGGGAUUAUCGGUGUUACGCAACCGCGUCGUGUGGCGGUUCUUGCUACUGCAAGGCGUGUGGCUUUCGAGCUUGGUGUUGGUCUAGGGAAGGAGGUUGGUUUUCAAGUUAGGCAUGACAAGAGGAUUGGCGACAGCUGUUCAAUCAAGUUCAUGACCGAUGGAAUAUUGCUUCGAGAAUUGCAGAAUGAUUUUUUGUUGAAGCGAUAUUCAACUAUAAUAUUGGAUGAGGCUCACGAGAGGAGUCUGAAUACCGACAUACUUACUGGGAUGUUGUCUCGCGUUAUAGUAGAACGCCAGAAAAUACACGAGCAGCAAACCGCAUACGAGGUUUCAACGGGAAAAACGAUUACCGCUGACAAGAAGAUACAUCCAUUACGACUGAUAUUAAUGAGUGCGACCAUGCGCGUUGAAGACUUUGUGUCGGGUGUUAAAAUCUUCUCAAAUCCGCCACCUAUAAUCGAAGUUCCAACUCGACAAUAUCCCGUAACAACACAUUUCUCAAAAAGAACCGAUAUUGUGGAUUACAUUGGCCAAGCGUAUAAAAAAAUAUUAUCAAUUCAUAAAAGACUUCCACCUGGUGGAAUACUUGUAUUCGUGACAGGUCAAAGGGAAGUAGAAUACUUGUGCCGCAAGCUUCGCAAAGCGUCUCUUGAGUUGACCAAAAGAAAGUCAAAUAUAGAUGGUGCUGUCACCAACGAGGACACGUGUAAAGAGUUUGACAUGAAGGAGAUCGACGAAGCGUUUAAGAUGGAAAACAACCGACAGACAGACAGAUUUAGCUCUUACGGUGAAGGUGAAGACGAAGAUGAUUGUGACGUAUCGGAAAACGAGUCUUUUGAUUCCAUUGGGUCUGAUGACGAAAGUGAUUUGGAAGAAGUUGAUGAUAAAGUCAAAGAUUCGGUUACUCAAGAUAAUGAAUUUGAUAAUGUUUUAAAGGGAAACAGUAAUUUUGACGCGUUAAAAUCCGCUUUUGAAGCUUUAUCGGGAAAAACUACGUUAGACAGUAAACCGGAUGACGAUUCAAAACAACAAUUAAAACAGGAUGCGUCUCCUGGUGCAUUGUCGGUUCUACCACUAUACGCCAUGCUUCCUGCAUCUGCACAGCUUCGUGUGUUUGAGGAUAUUAAGGAAGGAGAGCGGUUAGUGGUGGUUGCAACUAAUGUCGCCGAAACAUCUUUAACAAUACCUGGGAUAAAGUAUGUGGUUGAUACGGGUCGAGAAAAGGUUAAAAAUUAUAACUCGUCAAAUGGAAUGGAAACAUAUGAAGUACAGUGGAUAAGUAAAGCAUCUGCGGCCCAACGGGCCGGAAGAGCGGGAAGAACUGGGCCGGGCCAUUGUUAUCGUCUUUAUUCGUCUGCGGUCUUUAACAACAUAUUUGCAGACUUUUCAACUGCUGAAAUUUUAAAAACACCUGUUGAUGGUGUCGUUCUGCUCAUGAAAUCCAUGGGUAUUAAAGAGAUUACAAAAUUCCCGUUUCCGACACCUCCGGAAGCUAAAGCCUUGUGUGAAGCAGAAGUUUGUUUAAAAUCAUUAGAAGCACUUGAUCAUGACGGGAACUUAACGCCCUUAGGGAAGGCAAUGUCACACUAUCCAAUGAGUCCACGCCAUUCACGAAUGCUAAUUACAGUUAUCCAGAUCCUGAAAAACGGUAACGGGUUCGCAAGAAAAAACUUAAUUCUAGGAUACGCGCUUGCAGCUGCUUCCGCUUUGAGCUUGUCAAAUCCUUUCGUAAUGCAGUUUGAAGGGGAUCAAAGUGAAGACGUCACCACUAAGGACGAAAAGCUUAAAAAAAGAAAACUAAAAGAAAAAUCUAAAACGGCUCUUGUGAGGUUUUCAAACCCUACUAGUGACGCGUUAACCAUAGCAUACGCAUUGCAGUGCUUUGAAUUGUCGGAAAACCGAGUGGAAUUUUGUGACGAGAAUUCGUUGCAUCUUAAAACGAUGGAGGAAAUGUCGAAGUUGAGAAAACAGCUUCUGCAUUUGGUUUUUAACCAGCGGGAACUCGUGUGGAGUUAUGGAACGAUCGACGAUGUAGAACGGGCUUGGAUGGUUUAUUCCAACAAGCACCCGUUGAUGUUGACCGAAGAGGAGCUUUUAGGCCAAGCUAUAUGCGCAGGCUGGGCUGAUCGGGUUGCUAAACGGGUCAGAGGAGUUUCGGGUUUAUCCGAAGAAGAUCGGAAAGUGAACGCACCCCGAUAUCAAGCUCACAGAGUUAAAGAAACCGUGUUCCUUCAUCGAUGGUCAUCUGUUUCCCGAACCGCCCCCGAGUUUUUGGUUUUCAGCGAACUUGUCGAGAGAAAACGUCCGUAUAUACAUGGCGCCACGCGAGUAAAACCGGAGUGGCUCGCUAAACAAUCGAGCUAUCUUUGCACUUUCUCCGCACCACUUGCAGACCCAAAACCGUAUUACGAUCCUCUAACCGACAUGGUUUAUAACUGGGUGAGUGCGGCGUUUGGUGACCAUUUAUGGCAGCUACCGUUGCACAGUUUACCUGUGAAAGAUGAGAAGAUUAAGGUCAACGUGUUCUGUUACUCUUUGCUUGACGGGAUUGUGCUGCCAUGUGUGAAACGGGCUCGUGAGUUCAUGGCAGCCCAGCCCGUUAGUGUUUUGAAGCCAGAGGUGGCGGGCCAUAAGAGAUACGGGAAACUUGUUUAUGAGUUGAGGAAAGGGAAUAUUGACAGCUGCGCGAUACUAAGGAAGGUAUGGGAUGAAAAUGCAGGAGUAUUGUAUGAUGAACUUUUGAGUUGGUUCCAGGAGGGAUUUGAGAGUAAAUUUGAUAAGUUAUGGGAAAAUAUGCAGCGAGAAGUACGUUUAGAUCCUCAAGAACGCUUUGUUAAAGUGAUCAAAAAAGAGAAAAGCAGAAAAAUUAAGAGUUAGUGGUUGCUUUGUUUUUUAUGUAUGUUAUUUUUUUAAUUGUUAGAUCUGUUGCAUUUUUGUUUCUUAGAACUGCGGUAACCAGGUCGGUAAUAGAAUCGUUACAGGAGAUGAAUGAUAAAGAAGCACUUCAAUUUUUGUUCACCAAAGAAUACAACAUCAAAAAUUCGUUAAUUUGAUAUCUAAUUUUGUUUAAGUUGAA